UUGACAUAACAAAAGUAAACAAGUUCAUUUUGUUGUUCAAAUUACGUGUUUAUUUAUUUUUAAAUUUAUAAACUACGUGGUUUUUAAACUCACGAUCGACAAAAUUAAAGUGGCGUGAAAUUUUUGCGGAGCAUGAUGCGUCCGAGAGUGACGUUGCAGCACGUCAGGCUGGCCCACUCGGCUAGCUGGCAAAAGAAUCCCCAUCUAGAUAAAAUAAUCCGCGUGGACCACGCGGGCGAGCUAGGCGCGGACCGUAUCUACGCGGGACAGAUGGCGGUCCUUGGGAACACGGCCGAGGGCCCGCUCAUACAGCACAUGUGGGACCAGGAGAAGAAGCACCGAGAGAAGUUCGAGGAGCUGAUCAACAAACACCGGGUUCGGCCGACUGUGCUCACGCCUAUAUGGAAUGUGGCUGGAUUCGCUUUAGGAGCUGGUACCGCAUUACUCGGCAAAGAGGCGGCGAUGGCGUGUACCGUCGCCGUCGAGACCGUCAUAGUCGACCAUUACAACGACCAAUUACGCACGCUCAUGGAAGACCCGACCAUAGACAAGGAGAUCCUCGAAACCAUCACCAAGUUCCGAGACGAAGAGCAGGAGCACCACGACACGGGCAUCGACCAUGGAGCGGAACAAGCGCCCUUCUACAAAGCGCUCACAGAAGUCAUUAAAACAGGCUGCAAAGUCGCCAUAGAGAUAUCCAAGAGAAUUUAGCUAGGUAAAACAAAAUAUAGUCUAUUAUUAGAAUAAACAAGUAUUAGUUA